UUAAUUUCCUUUUUUCUUUUUCUUUCUCAAAUCUCGUCGUCGGAUUCGUUCUCAUCCAAAUCCCUUCGAUCCAUCGAUAUCCAAAAUUUGCCCUACUAUGCUUUCAACUCCUCCCCCUUUCUCCUCCUGAUUCUCGUCGGAGUUCUUCAAUUAUGGCCGCUCAGGUUCCGCCGGAGCAAAACCAACUCGAACGCCUCGAUGUCUUCAAGAUCAAAGGCAGAGACAAACAAGGCCGCCGGAUUCUUCGCAUCACCGGAAAAUUCUUUCCAGCGCGGAGUGUGAGUUUGGAUGUGCUUAAGAAGAAUCUGCAGGAGAAGAUCUUGCCUAGGCUGAAGAAUAAGCCUUUCGCGAUCUUAUACUUCCACACCGGCGUUCAAAGAAGCCAGAAUUUCCCCGGAAUCGCCGCCCUCCGAUCGAUCUACGAGGCGAUCCCGGCCGCCGUGAAGGCUAAUCUGGAAGCCGUGUACUUCGUUCACCCGGACCUCCAGGCCAGGCUCUUCCUCGCCACCCUCGGCCGCAUUUUCUUCACCAACGAGUUGUACGGGAAGGUGAGGUACGUGAGCAGAAUUGAUCUGCUGUGGGAGCAGGUGAGAAGGAGCGAGAUCGAGAUCCCGGAAUUCAUAUACGAUCAUGAUGAAGAUUUGGAGUACCGUCCGAUGAUGGACUAUGGGCUGGAGAGCGACCACCCUAGGGUCUACGGUGCACCCUCAAUGGAGUCGCACGUGUACUCCAUGAGGUGCAUCUCCUAGAACAAAACUUUGCUGGUGCUGGAGUGGGCUUUGUUGGGCCUUGUUUAAUGGGUUUGUAUUUGGACCUUGUUCGGCCCAUUAGUUUGCUUUCUCUCUCUUUUGGACCCCAAUUCUGUUUUUCUUGUAAAAAAGCUAUGCAAUAUGUAUAUAUAUGCCUUUUAAUUAUAGAUAGUUUUAAUUUUUAGCAGUGCUGAAUAGUGAAUGGCGUUCUUUUACAUGUUUACUGAAGAAAUUGUAUAAAAAUUUUGUAUUGUAACUUGUUCUUUAAAAGGAAAAAAAGAAAGGGAUUGUAACUU